UGCCGAACUAUCGCGUCUCAACAAGUACGCCCCAAUAUGACCUCUGUUUUCGAGCAAUAUCCAACGAACAUACCUUCCGUGUCUCCUUGGAUAUAUAGCAUUUCUGUUUGAAAGCGUCGAAGGCAUUACAGCCUACUGUCUAUCUAAAAGUGACCAUACAUUUCAUCGCAUGCUGAAUCAUGGCGAAAUCUGCAGAUCCAUUAAAGGACGAGGAAGUUGUCCAGACGGCGGAUGAGACAACGCCACUUCUGGGAGCCCCAGAUACAGGCCCAGCAUCCAUUAUUAUACAAAAUGACGACACCGUACCACCUCACGCCAACGGACACUCGUCAGUGAAGCCCACGGAUGACGAUGGCAUCCCUACAGAUACCGAUGACCAGGAGCAGGAAGAGGAGCGUCCAAUGCCGGUCGGCCAAAUCCUCAUCCUUUGCUAUGCCUGCCUCGCCGAACCCGUCGCAUAUUUCGCCAUCUUCCCCUUCAUUAACGAGAUGAUAUUCCGCCUAGGUGGCAUGCCCGAAUCCUCAGUCGGGAUCUGGUCCGGCAUCGUCGAGUCUUUGUUCUCCGUCGUGCAGAUGAUGCUCAUGAUACCCUACGGUCGCGCCGCAGACUACUGGGGUCGCAAGCCAGUGCUCGUGUGGAGCUUAGCCGGCGUGGGCGUAGCGACCGCGCUCUUUGGCUUCAGUCGUAAUCUGUGGCAGAUUAUUCUGUUCAGAUGUUGCGCGGGACUGUUUGGUGGCAGUGUCGUUACGAUCCGAACGAUGAUCAGUGAGAAUUGCACGAAGUUGAGCCAGGCGAGAGCGUUCAGCUGGUACAUGUUUACCAGGAACCUGGGCAUAUUUGUGGGGCCACUGAUCGGAAGUCUGGCUAACCCAGCCGACUCAUUCCCGGGCACGUUUGGCCACUCGACGUUCUUCAAGGAGUAUCCUUACGCUCUUGCCACGAUUGUAUGCGGUUCAGUGACCUUGAGUGCGACAUUACUAUGCUCGUUCGGUCUCAAAGAGACUCUGCACACCAGGGAAGGCGGUAAGCGUGCCCAGCGGAUGUCGACAUGGGAGAUCCUCAAAGCCCCUGGUGUGCCGAUGGUGCUUCUCAUCUACACCUACACGCUAGGCCUGUCACUCGCUUACACCGCCGUUAACCCGGUCUUCAGCUUCACAGACGUGUCGUUGGGCGGUUUGGGCUUCAGCGACCAGCUGAUCGCGGUGCAGCUUGCUGUCGUUGGAGCUAGUCAGUCGGCGUGGAUGUUGUUCGGCUUUCCACCCCUGCAAAAAAGGUUCGGGACGGGCAACCUAUAUCGCGGUUGCGCAGUUGCUUGGCCGCUGCUCAUGGCAGGGUUUCCAGUGUACAACGAGUUGCUACGGCACGGGAUGCGGGAUGCAUUCUUUGGCGUGUUCUUCCCAUCGCUGGCAUUAGGAAGUGGCGUGGCGAUGUCGUUUGCAUGCAUUCAGCUUUUCCUCAACGACAUCGCGCCGUCAAGCACCGUACUCGCAACCGUCAAUGCUAUUGCGCUGACAUUGAACAGUGCGGUCCGGGGCGUGGCGCCCGUCGCCUUUACGAGUUUGUUUGCGUUGGGAGUCAAGAUCAAGUGGGCAGACGGGCACCUAGUCUGGAUCGUCCUGACGGUCCUAGCACUGGGCUUAAACGUUGCGAUCUACUUUCUACCGCCACAAGCGGAAGGCAAAUACAAGCAGGCAUCAGCGUCAGGACAGCCUAAGCAGACAACGAGUGAGGGAGAAUAGGAGAAUGGUACGGUCAGAUAGCAAGGUUAUCUGCCAGGUUUUGCCUGACUUCUUAGCAUCGCCAUUCGAUGUUUAACAUGC